AUGAAGCGAGACCUGACCGAAAUUGAAAAUAGAUGUGGACUGACUCAGGAGAAAGAGCUCGACUCUCUGUCCUACAGAAAAGGAUUGGUUAUUGGCAUCGAAACAAUUGUGGAGGCAUUUAAGACCAUGUACACUGAUGACACGGAGCGAAUACGAAAUAUUGGAGACUUUAGGAAAGAGUGCAUAAUAAUCUAUUCAGAUUGUCAGACACGUAAAGAAAAAUCUUACACGCUUCUUGGUGCGAAAGCCAUCCUUGAUUAUAUACCAUUGUCAACACAUGACUACUUAUUCUUGAAACAAUAUCAGUAUCUGCUUAAUUGGUAUUAUGGUGAAUUACGGUUUUUCGGUCCACCAUCAGAAAGAAACUUUUAUUUUCAGGAAGCAAAGAUCAAAUAUAAAAUAAUGUUUGACCUACAAGUAAACCUUUCCGAUAGGGAAAGAUUGUCAACCUACUGUCACUGGUCACAGCUUUGUUACUGGUACGCAGAAUAUGCUGAUGAAGAAUCAUUACGUUGGUGUAUUGAUGCCGUUAAAAGAGUGACAGAUGGACUGACAAACGAUCGGCAAUUAGACGACGGCAUAAAGUUACCGGAUUUCUACUUUGCAGAAAUUGUACUGAGAAACGUGGCGCUCAAAGAACUCAUGGAAAGUACUCCCUCCUCAGAUUUGCCACCAUCACGAACACUGAAAGCAAAAAGAGAAAAUCUAAAGGAACUCCGUCCGAUAUAUGAUUCGCUGGAAGCCAUUACUGACAAUGUAAGUAAAUGUCAGAACGUCCGAGCAGAUCUUAUCCGACACAGAAAGUGA